CUGACUUGGUGCUUUCAAAGGCCAAGUUUACGUAAAGAGGGAGAGGAGAUGAUAAGGCAGAGAACGAAAAGGGGGAACGACAAGCGCUGCAGAGAGAGUCUGCGUGCGACCAUGAAAAGCCUGGGAAGAAUAGAGACUAAUUGGGAGAGCGACGCUGUUGCAUAUGCACAACACGUCUGCUAUUACUGCACAACUCGAAUAACAGACCCACCGACUUCCCACGCGCCGUGAGAAAACAUUUCUUUACGUGUCGUCUAUCGUGUGUCUCGUGUACGACUACCUACUGACGCUCUCAAAGUUUAAUCCUUUCUAAUCGUCGAGAUUAAAUUGGUGUUUUUCUUCGUCUGCAGUCCAAGAUAAAUGUACACCUUUGUAUGAGUGUAUUUAUGCAAGUGAUCUCCCGACUUCUGUACAGAAAACUCGCUGCCUGUUACGAAACAAACGCAUAGAAGAAUUUCCUGUGAUGUUACUGCGUAUGCUGAAGCGCACAACAUGCGUGUCCAGGAGUCUGUUUACAGAUGCCAACAACUCGCAGAUAUCUGCUGUCGGUGCCUUAGUGAAAGAGAAAGCGAGCGUUGAGGAACAAAACAUACUGACAGAUACUUUUGGGCGAUAUCACACAUAUUUACGGAUAUCACUGACAGAAAGAUGCAAUUUGAGAUGUCAGUAUUGCAUGCCGGAGGAAGGUGUCACUUUAACAAAGAAAGAAAAGCUGCUGACUACGGAUGAGAUCAUCUACCUGGCUGAACUUUUCGUUAAACAAGGAGUUAGGAAAAUAAGACUGACUGGUGGUGAACCUACUGUUCGGAGGGACAUUGUAGACAUUGUCGGUGCCUUGAAGAAAAUAAAAGAUCUUGAAAGUGUCUUAAUGACAACCAAUGGCCUCAUGUUGACAAGACAGCUGGUUGCCUUGCAGAGGGCAGGGCUUGACGGUCUGAACAUCAGCUUAGACACCCUGCAGUCCCAACGCUACAACCAGAUCACGAGGAGGAAAGGCUGGGAGCGUGUCAUGGCUGGCAUAGAUCUAGCCUUGCAACUUGAAUACGACCCUGUGAAGAUAAAUUGUGUUGUAAUGCGAGGUUUUAAUGAAGAUGAAGUGUGCAGUUUUGUGGAGUUAACAAAAGAGAAAAAUGUUGAUGUAAGAUUUAUCGAGUACAUGCCUUUCAGCGGCAACAAAUGGAAUGAUGGGAAGAUGGUCUCAUUUAGUGAAAUGCUCCAAAUAAUUAGAAAGCAGUGGCCUGAUUUUGCACCUCUACCCAAUGGGCCCAAUGAUACCUCAAAGGCAUACCAUGUCCCGGGCUUCAAAGGACGUGUAGGAUUUAUUACCUCAAUGAGUGAACACUUCUGUGGCACGUGCAACCGUUUACGGAUAACAGCUGAUGGCAAUUUGAAGGUGUGUCUCUUUGGGAAUUCAGAGAUAUCUCUCAGAGAUGCAAUACGAAGCAAAUGCAGUGAGGAUGACCUACUUGCCAUGAUUGGAGCAGCAGUGAGAAGAAAGAAGAAACAACAUGCAGGCAUGAUGAACCUGUCAAAGAUGAAGAAUCGGCCAAUGAUUCUUAUUGGAGGAUAA